AUUCAGUCUAAUUCAGAAACGUGUUCUUCUUGGCUGCUGUCUUUUCAGCCUUAAGUAUGAGCCGUGAACAUCAGUAAAUGAUACAGCUUUCGGUCAAGAGAGCAAAACGGGAAAGAAAAUGAAACUCUUUUCAGAAUCGCACAAAACAGCUUUUGUAGUUGACCACUGCCCCUAUAUGGCAGAAUCUUGCAGACAGCAUGUUGAGUUUGAUAUGUUAAUAAAGAAUCGGACCCAAGGAAUCAUACCUCUUGCUCCUAUAUCAAGAUCACUAUGGACCUGUUCAGUGGAAUCAUCAAUGGAAUACUGUAGAAUAAUGUAUGAUAUAUUUCCUUUUAAAAAACUAGUAAACUUCAUUGUAAGUGACUCUGGAGCAAAUGUCUUAAACUCUUGGAACCAAGAAGAUCAGAACCUGCAGGAGUUAAUGGCAGCUUUAGCAGCUGUUGGACCUCCGAAUCCUCGUGCAGAUCCUGAAUGCUGCAGCAUACUUCAUGGCUUAGUAGCAGCAGUAGAAGCACUCUGUAAAAUAACAGAAUACCAACAUGAGGCUCGAACCUUGCUAGUGGAGAAUGCUGACCGGGUUGGAAACAGAGGACGGAUAAUCUGCAUUACUAAUGCAAAGAGUGAUAGCCAUGUCCGCAUGCUUGAGGAGUUUGUCCAGGAAACAAUACACGAGCAUAAUAAACUAGCAGCUAAUUCAGACCAUCUUAUGCAGAUCCAGAAAUGUGAACUGGUCUUAAUCCAUACUUAUCCUUCUGGUGAGGAAAGCCUUGUGUCAGAUCAUCUUAAAAAAGAGCUCUCUCCUAUCUUAACCAGUGAAGUUCAUAGUGUUCGGGCUGGACGGCAUCUGGCCACCAGACUGAAUGUUUUAGUACAGCAGCAUUUUGAUCUGGCUUCAACCACUAUAACUAACAUCCCAAUGAAGCCCACAUUCAAUGUCUGUGACCAGGAAGAACAGCACGCCAACACAUCUGCAAAUUAUGAUGUGGAGCUGCUUCAUCACAAGGAAGCACAUGUAGAUUUUUUGAAAAGUGGUGAUAAUCACAUGGCUGGUAGUAGUAAAGACAGCACCUUUAAAGAAACUGUAACUUUAAAAUGGUGUACACCAAGAACCAACAGUGUUGAACUGCACUAUUGCACUGGAGCUUACAGAAUAUCCCCCGUAGAUGUGAAUAGUCGACCUUCCUCUUGCCUUACUAAUUUUCUUCUUAAUGGUCGUUCUGUGUUGUUGGAACAACCUCGGAAAUCAGGCUCUAAAGUAAUUAGUCAUAUGCUCAGCAGUCAUGGAGGGGAGAUUUUUCUGCACGUUUUAAGCAGUUCUCGGUCCAUUCUGGAAGAUCCUCCUUCAAUUAGUGAAGGAUGUGGUGGUAGAGUCACAGACUACAGGAUUACAGAUUUUGGUGAAUUUAUGAGGGAAAACAGACUUACGCCUUUUCUAGACCCUCGAUACAAGAGUGAUGAAAGUGUUGAGGUUCCUUUGGAACGAGCCAAAGAUCAGUUGGAGAGACAUACUCGUUACUGGCCAAUGAUUAUCUCACAAACUACCAUAUUCAACAUGCAGGCGGUAGUGCCAUUAGCUAGUGUUAUUGUAAAAGAAGCACUCUCAGAUGAAGAUGUGCUAAACUGUCAGAAAACAGUUUACAAUUUGGUAGACAUGGAGAGGAAAAAUGAUCCAUUGCCAAUAUCAACUGUAGGGACAAGAGGAAAAGGGCCUAAAAGAGAUGAACAGUACAGGAUUAUGUGGAAUGAACUGGAGACUCUUGUUAGAGCACACAUAGCCAAUUCGGACAAACACCAACGAGUCUUAGAGUGUCUUCUGGCUUGCAGAAGCAAACCUCCUGAAGAAGAGGAACGAAAGAAACGAGGAAGGAAAAGAGAAGAGAAGGAGGACAAGUCAGAGAAAGCAGGAAAAGACUAUGAAUCAGAAAAAUCCUGGCAAGAAUCAGAAAGGCUAAAAAGCUUGCUAGAUCGUGAAAAGGAAGAACUGGCAGAAGCAGAAGUAAUAAAGGAUUCACCCGAUUCUCCUGAACCACCCAACAAAAAGCCCCUCAUUACAAUGGAUGAAAUACCAACCAUUGAAAAAAACAAAGGUCCAGUAUCUCUGCUGUCCUUAUGGAGCAACAGAAUCAACACUGCAAACUCGAGGAAACAUCAAGAAUUUAUUGGUCGUUUGAACUCUGUCAAUAAUAGGGCUGAAUUGUAUCAACAUCUCAAAGAGGAGAAUGGAAUGGAAACAACAGAAAAUGGGAAAGCUGGCCGGCAAUGAAUAUUGUAUCAAAUAACUGAUUUGCAAAUUGCAUAAAUUUCUCUAUGCUUAAUUUGAUAAUUGUAUCAAAUUGUACAGUUUUGUUGCUUCUAUUGAUUUUUACAUUUUACUAAUUUUAGUCUUUUUCUAUGAAAAUGCAAAAUCUGAAUGCUGCGUUGGACAUGUAAAUCAUUUUGCCUGCAUCCCUUUUUGAAACUAUGAUUGAAUAAAGCAAUGUGUUUAUUUCCAAA